AUGGAAGAGAUAUAUAAAUGCACGGACUAUAAAAAGAGUUCUUUCUCGGGCUGGCUAGACACUGAAUGUAGAAUGGAUACAUAUCAGUCUGCUCUGAAUAGAGGUCGAAACAGCUCCAAAAUGCAUUUUUUUGGUCACAAGCGACACAGUAUGGAUGGAUUUAGUGCACAUAGUUUUAUUGAUUACACGGAAAGUUUAGGAAGCACGGUGGGGUCUUGGGAUGAAAGCGAGCAAGACUAUGAUGCAAAGGCUACACAUGAAGUCCAAGAUAUGCUUGAGCAUUUAGAUGAAGUGUUAUACAAAGAAAGUCAGCCCUCUGACAAAGAUAAUACAUUGUUGGAGGAAUGCAACGAAUGGUCAUUUUUAUUUCCUCAUUUUAGGGUGCGAGGAAAUCAGUUAUCCCUAACAAAGGAGAGCGGAUAUGAGCUUAUUUGUCGGGAUAUGGCUCAAAGUCAUUCCUCGUGUCCAUCAGUUCCUGAAUAUUCGUCAAAUACUUUUCAAAAUGAUAGUAUGAAAGUGCAAGGAGUUAGCUUAGCAUCCAGCACUGUAGUUCAGCAUAACUACACUCCUGAAUCUGAAUUAAAAGAUGUCUAUGUUUUGGGUGAAAGUAGGAGCAUGGUAGAUUGGACAGAUCCUGUUGUGCGACUAACGCUUUCUCGGUUACGCGACGAUCGGGCUGUAUACCAAUGCAGGCCAGUAAACGAUCAUGCAUACAAUUAUGAACUAGAUGACGGGAGCCAAACACCAACACAAAGCAAUCCUAUCAAGCUGACAAAAACCGAACCUUGUCUUGCAAUCUCGGUUGUCUGUGAUGGCAUUGGUGGAGUUACUGCACUCCAAAGUGCUCUUUUGAAGCUGUGGGGAUCAAAACAUCCAGGAAGAAUAGCAGUAAACGUUUUUGCGAUUAUGAAGACUAAACAUGAAUUGCCAAUCAAUACGUUGCCAGUAGAAAAUACAGUUGAUAAGCAACAUCGAUUGUUGAUGUGGACAGUGUUUGAUUGGACACUGUCUUGUUCCGACUCUUGCAAUUUUGAUACGCAUCAACAUUCUGAUCAACCCUACUCUCCAACUUGCAGCCAAAAACCUUAUCUUGGGCCAGUUGAUUAUCUAGAAAUUUUUCAGACACAUGCAGCUUAUGUGUUUUUAUGGAGUGGCAGCUCGUCCGAUUUUUUUUUAGAAUCGGCCAGUACACUAUCUCAAAAACUGCAAAACGAGUUAAAUCAAGAAAACCGUUCUACCCACCUUCUUGGAGAGGAGGUAUUUUCUACACACGGGAGUGCCGAAGAGUGGCUUGCAUGUCAUGAAACAUCUGAUAUUACCAACCAUUCUGAAUCGUAUCAGCAACUUUCAGAACAUCCAUAUGCAUCUGUACGCGAAGAUAUUGUGUCGAGUGUAUUUGAAGAGCUAUGGGCCGAGGGUGUUGGCAUGCAUGAAGUGUGUGUGGAGGAUACACUGCCAAAUUUGCUUAGCGCUAUAACUAUUCGUUCAGUCCCGCUGCAAAAAAGAGAUUCUUCUGCUAGAUCAAGACUAGAUAGUUCUGUCUCUACUUUUCAAGCUUUCAAUUCUGAUUCACAGACUGCUUCCAAUCGUCCUGUAUCUGCUUGGAAUGUAAUUCGUCCAACAUCCGCUCGUUCAUGUGCUACUCGACCAACCUCUGCAAAAAAUCAAGAUGCACAUUACCAUAUUCAGCCUCCAUCCCGCAUUCCUUCAGGCAUUUCAAAAGCUCUGUAUAUUUCCAAUUGGAAAAGAAACAAUCCUGGGAUGAGAUUGGUUCCACUUUUAGCAACGCAGACAGGAAAUGCUACUGCAAUAAAUGACGCGAUUUCUGUUACAAAUAUUGGAUUUUCAAAACAAGCUUCCUCUCAUAUAGGAUGGGAUGCUUCUCGAGGUACUUCCCAAAACCCUCAGCAGCAUCUAGGCAAAAAACUUCCUCCAAUACGUAGUUAUCUGGGUUCUGAAAUGAUGGUUUCAGAUAUCCCCAAUAUUGCAAAGCAAACCAAACAUGUUUUGUUUGAUCCAGCUGCGAUGGACUUUGCAGACGCACCAAGACGAGUGCCUUCUCCUCGGUUAUCUUCAGCAAGACGUCACUCGUCAGCUUUGCUAAGAAACAGGGCAUCUCGUCCAAAUACAGCAAUAGAGGAGGCGCGAUCGACUGUGAAGCUGAUUUCUAGCAAAUCAAUCAGCCCAGUCAUGGGAACCAAAAUGAUAAAGGGGUUCAGACGCUAUAAAAACUGA